AUAGUGAAACCAUUAAUGCACUUUUGUUAGCCUCCAAAAUUCGCAACAAAAAACAGUUUGGCAACCCUGGUCCGACUGCAGUGGCCAUUUGGGAAGAUAAACGCAGUGUCAAAAUGAAGAAGGUGUGCAAUUUUCUCCGUUGCAUUAGCUCGACAAACAUCUACAGCGUUCGAGAUUUCUCCAGAACAGUUGCUGCAAUGGUUAAGGUUGGCGAUAAACUUCCAUCGGUGGAUCUCUUUGAAGAUUCACCUGCAAACAAGAUUAACAGUUCAGAGCUGACCAGCAGCAAACGGGUAAUUAUUUUUGGAGUUCCCGGUGCCUACACCCCUGGAUGUUCUAAGACUCAUUUGCCCGGCUAUGUCGCUAAUGCGGAUGCUCUGAAAAAGGAGCAAGGUAUCGAUGAGAUUGUGUGCGUCUCUGUCAAUGACCCCUUCGUCAUGUCAGCCUGGGGUAAGGAACAUAAUGCAACCGGCAAAGUACGUUUGCUCGCUGAUCCCGCUGCGGCAUUUGCAAAGGCCUUGGAUGUGACCAUUGAUCUGCCCCCGUUGGGAGGUGUGCGCUCCAAGCGUUACUCGAUGGUCGUUGAAAAUUGUGAAGUCAAGGAAUUGAAUGUGGAGCCCGACGGCACCGGCCUUAGCUGCUCCCUUGCCCAAAAUAUUGGCAAAAAGUAGAUGAUACUCCAUGUUACUUCCGAGAACGUUAAGUUAUCUCGCCCAGCUUGUAGAAAAUUUAAACUGAAUUAGUGCGGUAGUCUUCCGCCAAAAUAUAUCACUUUCUAAAUAAUUGGAAAAUACUACGUAGAAUAGAGAAUAUAUAUGCGAUUAGAAAACACAA